AUGUGGAAUGGUCACGUUGCCAGCGCCGGCAAGAAUCACAGCACAAUAACUCGCAUAUCCCAGAGCGCCGGGUACACCUUCUCCCUGGCCCAGAUCAUCGGCGGCGAUGCCGGACAGCAGCUCCUGCUCGCAUAUCACCACCGUACGCUGGAUACCAAAGCCCCAUUUGUGCUUCCCGUGCCGGGCAACGCGAGCGUGGGCCUCACUGUCCUUGGCUUUCUUUACAGCUCUCCCAGCCUAGGUUGGACCGAGCCGUGGAAGGAGCAUGGAGCGCUUGUUGCCACCCCCAGGAUCCUGCACUAG